AUGGCCGUGCCGGUGGCCGUGGCCGUGGCGGUCCCCGCCCGGGCCGGGCCCCGCCUGGCCCUGGCGCUGGGGCUGGGGGCGGGCGCCGGCCUCGGCCUCGGGCUGCUCUGGGCCCUGCGCCGCCGCUGGAGGGAGGCGGCCGCGCCGCACGGCCGCGCCCAAGCCUUGCCCAGAGUGCUGGUCCCUGUGGAGGAGGGGGCUGGAGCCACGCACACACCUCUGCUGGGGCAGGACCAGCAGCUGGAGCUGCUGGAGCGCCUGGACUUCGUGGUGAGGAACAUCUUGGAGCUGAGGAAGGAGGUGGAGGAACUGCGGAACAGCCUCCAGAACCUGGCUGUGGAGAUUGUGGGGGAAGUCAGGUCUCACCUGGAAGAAACGCAGAGACUGAAUCGCCGGAGGAGGUUCCCUUAUCCCAGAGAGAGAAGUGACUCCACAGGCUCCAGCUCCAUUUAUUUCACAGCCAGCUCAGGGAAUGCCAACACGGAUGAUGGAGAGAGUGAAGGGGGUUACACCACGGCCAACGCCGAGUCCGACUAUGACCGGGAGUCGGAGAGGGAGAGCGAGGAAGGGGAGGACGAAGUGAGCUGUGACACAGUGCGGACGGUGCGCCGGGAUUCCCUGGACCUGGUCCCUGAGGAUGAAGCCCCUCUGAGCCUGGAUUCGUCCGUGGAGGAGGGGCUGGGGCAGCUCCUGCAGCAGGCCGACCGCCUGCACGGUGGGGAUGAGCAGGACAGGAGAGAGGGCUUCCAGCUGCUCCUCAACAACAAGCUGGCGGUAAAGUACGCAGGGCAGCGGGAAUUCCUGUGGCGCCUGGCCCGGGCUCACAGCGACAUGUGGGAGCUCACGGAGGACGAGGAGGAGAAGCAAUCCUACGCAUCCGAGGGGAAGAAAGAGCUGGAACUUGCCUUACAGAAGUGGGAUCAAAGUGCUGAGUGCCACCAGUGGUUUGCCAUCCUUUGUGGGCAGCUGUCGGAACAUGAGAGCAUUCCCAAGCGCAUCCAGGCCGGCUGUGUUUUUAAGGAACACAUCGACAGAGCCAUUGAGCUGAAGCCAGAGGACCCCCAGCUGUACUAUCUCAUGGGCAGGUGGUGUUACCAGGUUGCCCACCUGGGAUGGCUGGAGAAGAAGACGGUGUCAGCACUGUUCGAGGCUCCUCCGACAGCCACGGUGCAGGACGCGCUCCAGAACUUCCUGCGGGUCGAGGAGCUGAGCCCAGGAUUUUCCAAAGCAGGAAGAGUUUACAUUGCCAAGUGCUACAGGGACCUGGGGAACAGCUCUGCGGCCGCGCUCUGGGUGAGCCUCGCCUCCGAGCUGCCAGGGAACACAAAAGAGGAUGCAGAAAGCGAGAGGGAACUCGAGGAGAUGCGCUUGGACUGCAAGGAAUAAUUCUGGAGAAACUCAUCCCAGUGGAUACUGCAGAGACAGUAAAAUGCCAAAGGGGUUUCAUGAUCCUGACAACUCCCAGUGCACUUCAUGGAUAAGCCAAAAGAGCUGACAGGAAAACACACCCAGCAGCACAUCCAGGAAAAUAUCUUGGAUUUAAUGGGAUAAAAUCGUGGUUUGUUUUCCCUCA